CCGGUCCUUGGGCUGGAGACCUUGGUGGGCUCUGGAUCCUCGCAGGGGGCUGCGCUGUCCUGCACAAUACGAACUUUCUCCAGCAGGUUUCUUGGUGCCCGUGAUUCCAUUUGAGACACGGAGGAUCUGGUGGCUUUCCCACGGAGCAGAGCUCCUGCCGUGGCAAGCAGCCCUCGCUUUGCCCGUGAGCCACCAGCAGCACCCAGCAAGGAGGGCACUCCAGAGAACUCCAGCUCCACAGCCCACUGCUGCCAGGGGGAAGCAGAGGAGGAAGGACUAGAAGCACAGAAGUGCCAUUAUUUUGUGCUCUCUUUGGCCAAAGGAGCUGCUUGACAUUGCCAGUGGAGGUCAGACACCUGGGAACAGGACCCGGUAGCCUUGGCUGCCCAGGCAUGGCUGUUUCCUUGCCCUGGGCAGUGCAGCAGUGCCCCAAUGCCACGAGUUAAGGUGUGAUAGGAGCAGCCCUGUCAGCUGAUGGAGACAGCAGCUAUAAAACCCCUGCUGGCCCCGGUGGCACAGCCACAGACAAGCCCACCAUGGCCAAGGUGCUGCCUGCCUGCCUGCUCCUGGCCCUGCUGCUCCUGGCCCCGGCCCAGCCGGAGCAGCCCGAGCGAGGGCUCAUCUUCAACUUGGAGAUCGGGGAGCUGUGCCUGCAGAGUGCCCAGUGCAAGAGCGGCUGCUGCCACCGCAAGGACGGCCUCAGCCUGGCCCGAUGCGCUGCGCAGGCAGCCGAGUUCCAGGAGUGCUCCCCAAAGAGCAUCUAUGGGGUCUACUACAAGUGUCCGUGCGAGAGAGGCUUGACCUGCAACGCCGAUAAAACCAUUGUGGGCUCCAUCACCAACAGCAACUUCGGUGUCUGCCAGGACCCCCAGGACUCCAAGAGACAGCAAUGAAGGAAGAGCCCCCCAGUGCCCCUCCGUGCUGCCCCUGCCCCUCUGUCUUUCUCACUCUCCAGAGAUCCCGAGGUCUGGCUGUGGGAGAAUUUGAGUAAAGAGCAGCAUCUACAA